AUGCCGUAUUACCUUCCGGUACUUUUAAAUCCACUCAUCAAUGCAGUUUUUAACUGUCCGACUCCAGGUACUUCUUCGCUUAAGAAAGUUUUCGUUAAACUUAAGAAUAGACGAUUCAUAUUAGUUGUUCCUCGAACAAACAUUUUACUGGAGUAUGAGGAUCUAGAGACUGGUUCAACAUUACAGGAGCUGUCCUACACUUAUGACUUCGUUGCCUCCCAUAUUAUUUUUCCUGAGAUUGAGGAGGGCUUAUCCGAGAAUGAAUUUAGGACACUAAGUGGUAAAACUGUUCUUAUUCGGCCUCAAAACGGGGCCAUAUUUACCGCAGAUGGGUUUGAUCGCCGAAGAAGGUUUCAUAUUACUGAUUUUGAGCUAUUCCCUAAUUUCAACGAUUACUUGACGGGCGCCAUUCAUUUCCCUCUUCUCUUUGUGGACUUACCUCUGGUAGGAAACGUGGUAAAGCGCGAAGACUGGGAAUCAUUCGCUGUUAAGCAGAUAGAUAAUGUUACAGCUCCAGGCUCAACAAAAGAUCAGCUCUCAAGAGAAAGGACCACUUUCGAGCAGGUACUACGAAUCCAUCCCACAUUAGGUAACUCAUUCAAUGACCUCUUCAAAAACCAGCGGUCUAUCAUUACUUCAUCUUCAAAAGACCUCCAGACGUUGAGCAGACUUUUUGAAAAAUUCUGUGUUGAUGCAUGUGAACUCUUGAGCUCCGAAAGUCAAUUUGACCACUUUACCAACAAGUUUAAACUCGUGCACGAAUACGUUGAGGUGAAUCUUUACGACGACUUUUGGAGUCAACUCACAAUGUUAAACCAGGGAAAAGAAAUUGAAUCAAUAUGCGAUUACCAGAUAUUAAAGUAUAUUUCAAUCAGCCAAGUUUCGACGUUCUUAUAUCCGCAUGACAGGCAAAAGUUUGAUCUUCAUUACGUCACCUCGGCUGAGAAGAACAUAGAGGCUGCGACUGGUUGUUUUAAAAAGUUGGCCACUAGCAGCACUCAUUCAGAAAAAUCAGAAAUUAUAAUAGAGACGCUUCAAACGCUGACAAAAACGAUCCAUGGUCGCAAGGGAGAUAUAGCAAUAGAUGCUGACACGUUAAUGAGUAUGAUGAUUUUAGUCGUGUGUCGUUCACAAUUGAAGAAUUUGAAAAGUCACUUGGCUUAUCUUCAAAAAUUCUCUGAGAAUCAAACAGCUGUAACAUUUGGAAUUUUGGCCUAUGGCUUAUCUACCCUAGAAGCUGUCCUAUAUUAUUUCGAUGACCAAUCGAAGUUGAAAAGUUUGGAGAAGCAUUGUCUUGAAAACAAAGUAUUUUGGGAAAAGAUAUCUUUGAAAUCAAGUGACCUUAAUAAUCUAACUCAUUCGACUACGUAUAUGAACCUUCUCGGAAUACGAACUGCUGAUGGCCGUUCUUCUUUGUCGAUUUGCAUUCAAAGGAAUAACAUAGAUAUGUUCCGCAACCUUCUAUUAAAGUGCGAAUCAGAAUUUCCAUUAGAGGAUCUUCUCAAUGAUGAAACAACUGACAGGAAUACACUCUUGAUGGAAUUAUUACAGGCUGGAGAAGAACAAGUUGCCGAAAUUUUUGUUGAAAUUCUCCUCAGUAGUUGUACAAACCAUGAGGUUUUAUCAUACCUCAAUAGGACAAACAAAGUGGGUAGAUCGGCUGCACAUUACUUGAUGCACGCUCAUAAACUUCUCUAUAAAGUUGGACACCUCUUUAAUUGGGACCUGAAAGAUAUCAAUGGACAUACUCCUCUAUUCGCAAUAUUUCGAUCAUAUGACCAGACCGACUAUGACAAAAUGGUUUCUUGGGCAUAUUGGGCGGCUACCCAAUGGUAUGAAUCACGAGGAUCACACCUACAGUUGAGGAAACAUAUGGAUAGCAAAGGAAAUACUCUAUUGCAUAUCAUUAAGUCAAAUCUUGACAUUCUGCUGACCAAUGAUUCAAUAAAUGUGAACGCUGUCAACAGAAAGGGCUUAACUCCACUAAUGAUGUAUGCGCGUUACAAUAGAUUGCGAAACAUACAAUCUUUAGUUAAAGACAAACGCUUAAUUAUAGAUAAGUUACAAAAGCCUCUUUUCCUGACCUGUUUUGACUAUGUCAAAAAUCCCAUAGUCUUGGAAGAACUUGGUCGAGAAAUGUGUGAUGCUUCUACGUUUACAACCGUCAGUGCACAUAGUAUAAAGUUUGAAUGUGAUGAUUGGUUCCUUUGGAUGACAGCCAAGUCCCCAACGCACGAUCCGCGGCAUAAAACACUCAAGCAUAGUUUAAAAGCGCUCCAAUCUUUCUUGAUGCUUUUCUUGAAAACAAAUCCAAUGACAUUUUUGCCCGUGGAACUGAUUAUCAAUGAGCUCAAAUCCUUGUCGAAGUUUCGCAUAAUGAACAUUAGUAGAUUGGAGACAAACCACUUUCUGCAUAACAUAACUUUCUUUCUGAGCACAAUUAAUGAAGAUCCCCAAUUCAAGGAUGUUAUAGCUCUGCCAGAGCCUGAGUUUCUAGAGUGGAUUAAAAGAGGAUUGAAAAAGGAAGGUGGACAGUUAAACGAAAGAAUCGAGCCCGAGGAGAUUCAUAGCGUUCAAAGCUUUUUGCGCUUCAAUUUAUCAGAAUUGAAUACCAUCAAGACAAGUGUGGUAAUCUUGGGGAAGCUAGCUGCUUUUCGAAGUCUAAAAAGUGCUGAUGUUAAUGAAUCAUAUCGCAUGCUUCUCAAGAAAGGUACUUCGUGUUAUUCUAGGGACAUAUCAGAGUCUUUCAGAGUUCCACAGAACUUAAAGUUUGUUGUGGAGAGCUAUCCAUUUGAGUCACUUGCCCGUCACUUGCAAUUUUUUGAGCAGUGCACGACUAACCUCAUAGAAAAAAUCCAUUCCAUUGUUGAAAUAAAGAUUCCAAAAUGGUGGCAGCUCUAUGGAGAACUUAUCGAUCUUCGCAAUGAGUACAAAAAGAACUUUCCACAUUCUGUGAAACCGCAUGCGAACAACGGUGGAAUUUUCGGAUCUUACAUUGAAACGAAACGAUUCAAGUUAGAAGAAACCUUGACUGCCAAAACAAAAGCAUGUGUGAAGAGGCUGGCCCUCAUUAAUAAUAGUAUUAAAGAAGAUAAUGAGAUGAUUGCUGUCGAGGUUAGCAAAUAUCUUUCUUUCAAGGCUAGAUUUUGGAAAAGUGGGAUAAUCAAUGAUUUCAGCGCUAGGACCAUAAAAGUCAUCAAUGAGCAGCUCGAAUGCAUGAAAGAAGCUGUGUCAUUCUACCACGAUCAAACUCGUCAGUAG